AUGGCUGACAGUCGUUCGUUCGUUGACGUGAAGCAGUCUUAUCAAUCUACGGAUUUUGGUCCCGCCUGUGACGAAAACCAUGUAGACAAAAGCAUCAGCAACGGGUUGACGGCCAAAGCCGGGGCGACCGUCGUCGACUCGACGGUAUAUCCCGACAAGGCGCCGUUGCUACAGGCUAAUUUGUUUCGUAGCCUCAGCGGUUUCAGCGGAGCGUUUACCUUUGGGAUCCUGCAUCUUGGCGAAGGGGGCUUCGUCAUUGGCCAGGCCGGAAUCCUGUUGACUUUCGUGCAGCUGCUUCUGGCGUACUCUAUCAUUUUUUGUACGGUGCUUUCUUUGUGUGCCAUAUCUACCAAUGGCGCCAUUGAAGGAGGUGGAGUCUAUUAUAUGAUUAGUCGAGCCCUUGGUCCUGAAUUCGGCGGAAGUAUUGGCGUACUGUUUUUUAUAGCAAAUAUUUUUUCGUGUUCGCUGUACACCGCAGGAUUUACAGAAGCGCUCGUUAGCAAUUUUGGACCCGGAGGCUAUACGGUGGACGACGGUAUGCCAAGCGGGCGGUGGUACGAUUUUGCAUACGCGUUCUGCGUUACUUUGGUGAUUUUGGUCAUAAGUUUGGUGGGAGCCGAAAUGUUCGCGAGAACCUCUUUACUGGUGCUGGUGGUGGUAGCCGUUUCGUACCUCUCGUUCAUUCUCAGCCUUAUGGUCAAGGAUUAUAAGGUGCCGAUACCUCUGCCGGAAAACAAUCCGUUCGGCAAAGAAACGAAGGACGAAAACGGGACGAUCAUAUUCUCGAAUGCGACCACUUACGCGAACUAUACGGGCGUACGUUCAGCCACCUUUGCGCAAAAUCUCUACGCACACUGGGGCGUCGACUACACCACUGGCCUGAGCAUCAAUUUUGCUGUAGUGUUUGCAGUGGUGUUCAGCGGCAUCACCGGCCUGAUGGCUGGUGCAAAUAUGUCCGGCGAGCUGAAGAAUCCGAACCUAUCUAUUCCGCGGGGGACACUGCAGGCGGUGUUCACGACGCUUUUAAUCUACAUGUUGACAACGUUCCUGGUCGGCGCUUCUUGCACGCACGAUCUACUCGUCAACAACUACAUUGUCAUGCAAAACAUUAACAUCUGGCCACCCUUCAUCCUCAUCGGCAUCUUUGCGGCGACGUUAGCGGCGGCGAUGAGCAACUUGAUCGGUGCCUCACGGGUUUUGUCCAGACUCGCAGACGAUCGACUCUUUGGUGAGCAGUCUUACUGUACGAGCGAAAUUCAGGAUGUUCCAGUGUUACGACAGAAGCCAUUUUUCGUGGAAAUGCCGCGGUAGCA